AUGAAACUGGUCGAUGCCGACAACUAUCAGCAGUGGCUUGCGGGUCUCAGAAUCGCAGCAGCAACCCAACCUGGCGUCGCAGACAUCUUGUUCACUGCAAACAUCGCCGUCCAGCAGCCACCUAAUCCCAAGGAUUUCUUCUUUACCACAUCCACAUACGCUCCCCUGGAAGUUGCACCAUUUCAACCACUCGGCAACGUCUCAUCAUCCGACGUUCUCAAAGCAUACGACAUCAUUGUCAAUGGAUAUCAAGUCAACCAAGCACAACUCGCUCGUGCGCGAGAGCUGUUGUUGUCGUCAGUCGACCACUUAAUCGUGCCGCUUAUAGCUGAUAAGCUCCGCGAAGGUGACCAUCCCAAGGACGCGGUCGCUUUUCUGGAUGCCCUCUUCAGCUGCCAGAACAUCGGCAAUGUCCAGACCGCAGCUAUCUUAGCCAAUGACCGCCGCGAAUUUCCUAACGCUCAUCAUAACAUGUUCUCCUCCAUCUUGCGAUAUCUGGGGCCAUGCCUGCAGGACCGCGCCACCUACAACAGCGUCGCAAACAACGGCUUGAUGGAUCAUACAGAUGCGGACUGGUGCAAGAGAAUCAUCGAUGGCCUCACUGACGAAUGGAGGAUCCUGGCGGACGGUCUACUCCCAAGCACUGCCACCAAUCUCACCCGUCUUCUCCGCUUCCUGCUGCAAUGGGACCGCAACUUCGUCUGCGCGUCUCACAAAACUGAGGGCGAGAGCGAGGAGAUCAUCGCUUCAGCACAAGCAACAGACUUCGCAGCACGCCUUGAGAGAGCCAAGAGAACCAAUCCACAAACGCUUACGCCGCCUCGCGCACUCGCGACCGACGACUUCGAUAAGCCCUGGAUUCUCGAUCUCGGACCCGCUCAUAUCUCUACGGAACCACGAUGGUUCACCAUGGGCAUCACUCCAAACGAGCCUGGCGACCCUGAGCCCGAAGUACACGCCCGUCCACUUGUUGUCGUGGGAGCUGGCGAUGCCCAUCUCGGGAUCUUUAGCACUUCCUUCGAGCACGCGACAUUCGUCCUCAAGUCUUGCCUGUACACCCCGGACCAAGGUCUAGCGCACAGCCGCAUUUCGUUGCCAGCGCUGCUUGAGGAUGGGUACACGUGGGAGCUGGAUGGCGACGUGAUGAAGGUGGUCGACAAGAGAGGACGUGUAUGGUUGACGGCCGAAAUCGGUGUGCAGUACGGGACCAAACAGUGGGUGGUGACGAAUAUCGCCGGGCCCAGUCAACUCAACUUGGGCGGAUAG